AUGGCCGAGCGAGUUACUCUGCGCAAGCGCACCCCAUACAACACCAAGUCGAACCGUCGUCGUGUCGUCAAGACUCCCGGCGGAAAGCUUCGUUACCUGCACAUCAAGAAGUUGCCUACUUCCCCCAAGUGCGGUGACUGCCACACUGCCCUCCCCGGUAUCAAGGCUCUGAGGCCUAGGGAGUACGCCACCAUCUCCAAGACUGGAAAGACGGUGCAGAGGGCUUACGGUGGAAGCAGGUGUGCCAACUGCGUGCGAACCAGGAUCAUCCGAGCUUUCCUCGUCGAGGAGGCAAAGAUCGUCAAGCAAGUGGUCAAGGCU